AUGUCGACCAACCAAGCUCACAACCAGGUCGAGAACCCGGCAUCUGCAGCUGCUAAUGGCGGCACUCAAUCUCAUGACUUCGAGAAGAUCACACAAGGCAUGAGCCAUGAAGAAAAACAGAAAGCUAUACAUGCGAGUCGAUUUGGCUAUGGACCUCUGGCUCAUAUGAGGACCAACGACAGCGGUAGUGGUGGCCUUCUCCCUGCUUUCGGAGGAGAGUUCCAACCUGGUCUAUACAAGGGUGUUGAAAACAGGAAAUUCGCCAACCCAGCACCUUUGGGCCUCAGUGCUUUCGCAUUAACAACUUUCGUCUUGAGUUGUAUCAACGUGGGCGCUCGCGACAUUGCGGAGCCCAAUAUCGUUGUCGCCCUGGCCUUCGGUUAUGGUGGUCUCGUGCAACUCCUUGCCGGAAUGUGGGAAAUGGCUGUGGGAAACACUUUCGGUGCUACUGCUCUCUCCUCAUACGGCGGAUUCUGGCUGGCAUUUGCUAUCGUCCUCACUCCUGGUGGAUUCAACAUUGUUUCCACACUGGAAGAGACAGACAACGGCGCACCUACGCAAUUCCACAACUCCUUUUCACUUUUCCUUUGGGGCUGGUUCAUUUUCACAACUGUCUUACUUCUAUGCACAUUGAAGUCUACAGUCGCAUUCUUCUUACUCUUCUUCACGCUUGACAUGGCUUUCCUCUUGCUGGCCAUCGGAUACAUGAACGAAACUGCUGAGCUCCAACCAAACCCAUCGUGUAUCAAAGCUGGUGGUGGCUUCGGUCUUGCGGCGGCAUUCAUUGCAUGGUACAAUGCUUUGGCAGGUAUUGCCGACACAUCUAACAGCUUCUUCAUCAUUCCUGUGGCCCAUUUCCCUUGGUCAGAGACCGGCAAGCAGAAGAGAGGCAAGCCAAGCCAUCUUGAUUAG